AUGGCCGGUAGGGGUGAUGAAGUAGAGGAGAGCGUGAACUCGAUUGUCACGGAAGCGUGGGUUACGCUUGAUGCGAGACUCUUCAGCGAGGAUAUCAUCGUAUUGGCGCUCGAUAUAUCCAGCAAUCUCUCCGAAUCUGAAGUGAAACAUGAGCAAUGGUAUCAUGUAAAUCAGGUCCGUCACCUCAUCCGCGCGCAAUGGGGAGGCAAGCGAGUUGAUAUGUGCGGGUUUCCCAUAAGCCAGCUUGAAAAGCACCUCAAAGUACUUAUUCGUGGCCACCAGCGUUGUGUAGCGCUGUGUGAGGAGUUUAAACAGCCACACGGUGGAUUCGAGCGACGAGUAACGCGAGUCCUCACACCAGGAACUCUGAUCGACGAGGCGUUUCUAAACCCAUAUGAAAAUAACUACGUGUUAUCCGUGACCUGUCCGCCCAGUGCUACGAGCAAAGACACCCCUAUCGGUUUAGCCUGGAUGGACGUAUCUACCGGGGAAUUCUUUAGUCAACAAUCGAUACUUGGGAGUCUUCAUGACGAUAUAGUCCGCAUGGCUCCGAAAGAAAUCGUCCUCAGUGAGGAUCUUCGCGAAAACAAGGACCAUCCCGUAAGGAGGGAAGUAGGAGAAGAGCCGUCGAUUUAUGUGUCUUUCGCUACGCAACCCAAAGAAGAGCCUCAAUUGACCAUCGACCUACCAGAAAAAUCAAAUACGGACGAUGGGAUCUCCUUGAUGACACCAUGCGAAUACUCUCCAGAAGAAACCCUGGCAAUAUCCCAGUUAACCAAAUUUCUGGCCGAAAUUUUACUGGAAUAUAUGCCAGCAAUGCUCAAACCUUUACAGCUGGCUACGGAAGAACGUAUGCAAAUUGAUGCUCAUACAAUCAAGUCUUUGGAAAUCAAGACGGGCAUACGCGAAGGUGGAACAACAGGGACUCUCCUAAGCUCUAUCAAUCGGACAAUAACUACUAGUGGCUCCCGAUUGCUGAGCCGUUGGAUAUGCUCCCCUAGUACAUCAGUUGCAGAAAUUACUGCUCGACAAGAUAUAGUGGCAUUUUUCGUAGCUCGGCCCCACCUACGGAGCGACCUGAUCAGCUUACUACGCAAGAUCGAAGAUACGGCAAGGAUUGUUCAGAAAUUUCUGGCGGGUAAAGGAGCGGCUAGUCAUCUUCGUGAUAUAGCAACUGCAAUCUCUUCCUGGGAAGCAUUACGAGAGCGAUUUGUAUUAGAAAGGAAGAUGGAGGCUCAAGAAAGAGGCCCACUUGUUGGUUGGCAACGCCUAGAUACAUUACUGUCCAACAUGAAUUCUCUUCAAGAAUUGAAGGAGAUGAUUUUGACAGCCGUCGAUGUAACCGAAGAGAUGGAGGAGGCCCUAGACGCUGAAGAUGAAAUGUUGGACCCGAUGGUCGUCACUGCCACUCCUAAAUCUCCAUUGACGGCCCUACGCGAGCUUCAUGAUCGUCUAGAAGUAUUGAAGAAAGAGAAGGAUGAACUAGAGAUGACAUACCAAGCAAAAUUCUUUGCUAAUAGCCUAUCACUGAAAGCGUCACCACAUCUUGGUUACCACGUUCACGUAAAGAAACGAGACGCCUCCAAGAUCAGUACGGAUCCUAAUUUCAUAUUAUUAUCGGAGAGUGGUAGUACGAAGACAUUUUUCAAUGAUGGAUGGUUCAAACUCGGGACAUCUUUGGCCGAAAUUUCCGAUAAUAUCUUGUUGAUGGAACGUACAGCAUUCCUCGAAUUGCGAGAGGCUCUAAGCCUAGAACAGGUUACUGCUCAAUCUACCACUUUGCGCAGAAAUGCCAGGAUCAUCGACGAAUUGGACGUGACUCUCGCAUUUGCGGAAACGGCCGUUGAAAUGAACCUUGUCCGUCCGACCGUCACGGAAGGCCCAAGAAACGACUAUUCUGUACUUAAUGGUCGACAUUCGACUGUGGAGCUGGGUCUCUUAGGGGCUGGUAGGCUCUUUGUGCCUAACAGCGUUGACCUGAAUCCUUCGGCCCAAAUUCAUGUCAUAACAGGGCCAAAUAUGGCAGCCCUUAUUGCAAUUUUGGCACAAACGGGUUCAUUCGUUCCUGCAGAUUCGGCUCGCAUCGGAAUUGUAGACAAACUUUUCUCUCGUGUCGGUGCUAAAGACGACCUCUUCAGAGAUCGAAGCACUUUUAUGGUGGAAAUGCUGGAAACCGCCGAAAUUCUCAAUCGAGCCACUUCCAAAAGUCUCGUGAUUAUGGACGAAGUUGGGAGAGGAACAUCGAUGAAUACUGCCCUGGCCAUUGCAUUCGCUACCAUUCAUCACCUCUAUACCCAUAAUCUCUGUCGUGCCCUAUUUGCUACUCACUUUCAUGAAAUUGCAGACAUGCUCAACUAUGACGAAAAGACUCACAAAGGGGGUGACUUAUUUCAGAAUGUUGCCUUCUUCUGCACAGAUGUCGAUGAGCUCGAGAACGGGGCUUUUGCGUAUUCUCACAAAUUGAAACCGGGUGUCAACCGAGAUAGCCAUGGCCUUAAAGUCGCCAAGUUAGCGGGAAUGCCUUCAUCUGCAUUAGAUUUGGCCUCUGUUGCUCUUAAGCACUUGCAAGGGCAUCAUAGUUCCUUAAUUGGGCAGCGAGUGGACGACUUGCGUAUACUUGGCUCUACAUUGGCUCGCAAGGAUGCCACUUCUUGA